AUGGAGGGCGAGGCGAAUGGGACCCUCCAUCCGUCGUCCUGCGGCGCCAAAGACCCGCCCUACUCACAGGAGCUGCUCCAGAGCCUUGACCUACCAGGGAGAUUUCUCUUCGCAAUCUUGACCCUGAUGAUGCUAAUUGCUGAUCUGGUGUUUAUAGAGGAAGCUGUCUACAUCUAUAGGAAAAUCCCCUCCUGCAGAAGAUCAAUCAUAAUUUGGAUUACUGCUGCAGCUCCAGUCAUUGCAACUACUUCAUGCAUUGGCAUGUGGAUUCCUCGCUCAACAAUGUUUACAGAUUUCACAGCAGCAGUAUUUUUUGCUAUAACAAUCCACAAGUUCCUGAUGAUGAUGAUUAAAGAGUGUGGAGGUCAAAAGCUUCUCCUCAGGAGGUUUGAAAAUGGUCGCUUCAAGAUCAGCACCGGUCCCUGCUGCUGCUGCUGUCUUUGCCUCCCUCGUGUGCGCAUCACUAGGCGAACUCUCUUUUGGCUGAAGCUGGGCACCUUCCAGCUUGUUUGCUUUCGACCCAUGCUCAUAUUCUUAUCAAUAGUGCUUUGGACUAAUGGCAAUUACACCCUUUCCAAUUUAUCUCCCAAAGGAGCUGCAAUAUGGAUUAACUGUAUUGUUGGUGUCCUCACCAUUAUUGGGCUGUGGCCAGUUGGAAUCAUGUUUCUACAAGUUAAAAAUGUCCUUACCUGUAAAAAGAUCAUCCCAAAGUUUACUCUUUAUCAGUUUAUUGUCAUUCUGAACAACUUGCAAACACCUAUUAUCAAGAUGUUGGCCACACAAAGGGUCAUUGCCUGUGUUCCACCACUCUCCUCUUCAGCAACAGGAUCAUAUGUGAGCCAGCAGGUCCUCAUCAUGGAAAUGUUUCUGAUAACACUAAUCUCAAGGGUGGUCUAUCGGAGAAGAUAUGAUGACCUAGAGCCUCCUGAGUGUACAGCUGAAGAAGUUGGGGACAAAAAGCAGAUUCCUAAGACUAUGCUGAAUGGCAGAGUUAGUGAAGAUGGAUUGCCAAGGGUUUAG